UGAGAAAAUGUUAUGUACCAAAAUAUUGUUCUCAUUAAUCUACUAGGUUGAUAUUUAAUAAUUUAAAAAAAAAUUGUGUAAUUUACAAACUAAAAACAGAGGAAGAAGUAUAUAAAACUGAUAGAAAAAGAGUUUCUCUAGAAAAUAAUUUUUAUUCCUACUAAACUAAGCUUUCAUCACAGAAAUAAAAAUAAAUAAAGUAAAUACAAAGUGACAAUAGUUACUUGCCUUUUCAUGGACUGAAACAACAAAAUAUAUGACUGUGAUUCAACGUUUCCACUUUUCAUGGGUCAUUUUUUUAUCAUAUUAUUUUUAAAAUUACUAUUUAUGUAGAUAUCAGUUCUCCAAUUAACCUGUACUAGAAUAAUUCCAAACCCUGACAUUUUUUCGUAUAACUGUAGUUCGUCUUUUAUCAUACAAUUACAAAUAUCUUACUAUUUUAACAUAAUCAUCAUGACUCAUUGGAGAAACUGAAUGCUUUUCAUUUAUAGAAAAUAAUAAUUUGAUUCCUUAAUAAUUGGAAAUAAUAAUGUUGUAAUUUGCAUAAAUAUGUAACCAGUGGAUGGAGAAGCAUAUUUAUUUGUCCUACUUUUACUCUAAUGACAGAGAUUUUUGAAGGUUGAUAAUUUUAGCAUAAGAACAUCUUCAAACCCUCACCUUAUAUUUUGAAAAGGUAUUUAGAAGUAUGAGCUCAGUUUUCCAGGUCCCUCCCUCGCUCGCCAUGGAACAAAAGAACACAACUGUGAUGUCCGUGCCUCAAUUUGGAGGGUGGGACCAAAAUGAAGGAGCUUAUGACUAUUCAGUGGUGUUCAACCAAGCUCGAGCAACCAAAAAACAUCAAAAGACUAAUAUAACUGAAAUUAAAUCUAUAAAUCUUGAGAAUGAAGAAGCCUUUUCCAGUAGCAGUAAUUCUAGACAUCAUCAUCACCAUCGUCAUUUUCAUUUUCAUCAUUUACAUAGUCAUGGUCAGCGUCAUGAAGUCAUGGGGAAAAGUCGUAUGCUAGCCUGCAUAAAUUGUUGUACUAAGCCAUGAUCUGCGCUGAGAAGUAUAAUGUGCUGUUAAAGAACAUGAA